AUUUAUGCAGGCUGGAGAAGCCAUAUGGUUGAGAUCCAAAGACCAUAGUCUCUAUUUAUGGGGUCCGUGCGUGUCCGUCAGGAUGUAAUCUGUGGCUCCGACUUUAUCGAAAAGGAAAUAUUGGACGUCUCUACAAAGAACAUUGUACAGUCUGGACAUUAAAUGUACCGGUAAAGAUGUGUAGUGUUGUGUUAAUGUGCCCACCUGUACGUGAAGGUACCAGUGUAUAUUACUGACUGUGUUGGGAAAAACCAUAUGUCGUUAUCUUGUUUGAUGCAAGGAGGAGACACUGGACAGCAGAACUCGAACUGUGGAACUUGUUUCAUGCGUGUGUUCAUGUAUGCCUUCUAGAUGAGCUAUUUCUGAUCAUACAUAGUACAUGUAGCUGGCAGAUUGGAUUCAUCUGAAAUGGCACCUGUAUGUUAACAUCUGCCAGACUAAAAUCUGGGAGUGGAGUUGCAGGUGAAACAUCAGCGUGUUACCCUAAGGAAGCCCUGAGGACCAAGGCUUUAGCGGGAAGGGUAUCAAGGUAGCAGUUAGACACCCGGUUGCCCACUUUGGACGUCCAUCUUGUACAUGUACCAGCACAUGAAUGUCCACACGUUGUAAAAGUUACAUGUAUGUAUGUAUGUAUGUGCACAGCAACUUGGACCCCGGUUUCAAAUUUCAGCCAAAUUAUGGUUUCCCAGUUUUCAAAUUCUGCUAAACGUGUGCUGAGGACACAGAAGAUGGAGUUCAGCUGCGCACGCAGCGUACCCUUGGAUCGUCCAAACGAGAAAGCAUGUCUCACAAUGUGAUAUUAACUGGACAGCAUCAAACCGCACAUGAACUGGUACAAAACAAAGCUUGUGGCUGUUGCAGACCCAUGCAAUACACUCAUACCUGCCAUGGUACAGGUGCACGUCUGCAACUUGGUGUUGGUAAAGCUCUGAUACAUCCUGUCUGCUGCUUAAAGUUUUCAAUGCAUUUGAGAGAAGUAUUGCAGGAAAAUAAAGAACUCUUCUGUCGUGAAAGCAGAGAAAUCAAACUGUGAUAAUUAACUCUCGGUCACACACCAAACUUAAGAUGAGACAACUGAGAAAUACAGAGGUGAGAUACUGGUAACCAUGGCAACUCUGAAUCAGCAUACUGGAGGCAUCAGUGAACUGGACAAUUAGUCUUUUGAGUAUCAUGCCCAGGAUAGCUAUAUCGCAAUGCUGAGAACCAUACCAGAUGUCAUACAGACCCAGCCCUGUGCUGGCAGGCUGGAUGCCAGACCUUUUCAGGUUUGCCGGCUAUACCUGACCAGCCAGUGGAGUAAGCAGGCAUUCUCUAGUGACGUUCAUGUGACCAUGGUAGAGCAGCUGCAACAUCUAGAAGAAGAACAGGAACAGCUGAACUCGUCGCUGCUCGCCUUGACGACACACUUUGCCCAGGUUCAGUUCCGACUCAAGCAGAUCGUCAAUGCGCCCAUCGAUGAAAAAGAGAAUCUACUGAAAGAUCUUGAGGAGUUUGCAUUCAAAGGCUGUCCAGACGUCAGAGGAUGUCGCUCACAAGAUGCUCAGAUGCUGGAAGAUGCAAGUGAGAAGGAGCAUGAGAGUCGUAUCAGCCAGCAGCGAGAGAAGCAAAUGGAGUUGAUCAGUCAGCUUAAAAGUCAGCUGGAUGACCUGGAGCAGUUUGCUUAUGAGGAAGGAAGUGGAGAGUUGCCUCAGAACAUGGUCCUGGAGAAACAAAACGUCAUCAUCGAAGAGCUGAAGAAGAAACUAGACUUGAACAUCGGCGAUAUGGACAAACUGACGACAGACGACUUGAGGCAACUCGUUGACAGUGCAAUCGGCAGGAUCGUGAAUCCCGCCAAGGUAAAGGAGACGGUCAUCAAUCAGCUCAAGAAUCAAAUCGGUGAUCUAGAGAGAUUCAUCUCCUUUCUCCAGGGAGAGCCGUCCACACCAGGCACGACCGCCCCCGACAGCUGCUCCUGCCCUGUCCAUGCCAAGGACGAUACCAUUUCUGAGGCAGACUCAGAGACUCCAGAUUGCUGUGUCCAUCCCAAGGCAGACAAGAUUGGAAGUAAACAGAGCACAGCUGAGAGAAUUAAGAACAUGCGUGAGAACCAUAUCUCCUCCAUGAGGAAAGCCUUGGCCUUGCUGCAGUACAUGGCAAUCACGCAGCUGGGAUGUGGCACUGACAAGCUCAAAGAGAAGAAAGCCGCCAAGCCAGACCCCACAGAGGAUUAUCGAGAGCUGCUGAAGGUCCUAGAUGCUGCUGUCAAUCAUGUGAUCAUGUUGGCACGGCAACAGCAAGAAAUGCCUGCCGAGGAUAGCGACUACACUAGCGAUUCAUCAGAUAGUCCCGUCAGUAGACCCUUGGACGAUGUCAACGUUGCGGUACGGAGAGAACUUGCCCCUGCACUUCGAAAUCUCUUUGAACACGGGAUGUUUAAACAUUCAAGUUCCAGCGAUGCAUUGAUGACUCCAAUCACAGCCUGCCUUGCCACCCACCGAAACACUUCCAGCCAGAAAGGCCAUGCCUGGGACCUUUUCACCAAGUACUAUGAUAUCAAGAAGGGGAAAGCCUUUGCAAUGUCCCCAGCCAGGAAGCUCUCGCAAGCUUUUGAUAUUGACAUCGUUGGAGGUACAGCCAUCACAGCCAAGCAGACACUCCUAGCAGCCGUAGACUAUGUCAGUGGGUCUCACGAACCACUCAAGAGAAGCAAGGAAGCGCAGUUCAAGGCAUUUGUCUCUGAAGCACUCAAUGAGCAGAAGCUGGCUAUAUGGUGUCGUCUGAUCAGUCGAACCUCCUCCCUGAUUGAUUACUACUAUUAUCCCUGGAGCUUCAUGAUCAAGAAUGGUUUUGACGGUGCACUCCAGAUUCUGGACAAGCUGAGUGAGAUCCAAUUCAGACUGAAUGUGGACAUAGCCGUGCGACAGUUUUACAACAUUAGAGAUGCCUUCUGAUUGGUCAGUUGCAUCGGUUUGUUGCAUCGACCUUUGCCUUUGAUUGGCCAAUAGUUUCACACCUUGUUUUAGAUCUCAAAUCUAGAUGCCCAAUCUAGUUUGAGAUAGUCUCACUUGAUGUCCAGGACUUUGCCUGAUAGGUCACCGAACAUCUGUAAGUUUUCAGACAGCUGUAUAGAAUCAAUUUCUGAUCAGUCAAAACCCAUCUUGAUAUCAGAUACCACUUGACAUGACUACUUCUCUAAUUGUACAAAAUUUCAGUGUUGGUGUCAGGUCGAAAUUAAUAGAAAUGUUUAGUUAUUGUAAUGCCCUAAUCAAUACACUAGAAAUUAACAUAGGAUAAAGAAGAACAUUGACUGCCAAAUAUUCGAGAUAAUUUUUCCAGUGUAUAUUAUGGCAUUCAGCGCAGUUAUUCUCAAAAUUGGAAUUCUAUUUUUAAUGAAAUGAGCAAAGAGUGAAUGAAUCUGCUAUUGAUGAGCGUUUUUCAUUUGAGCACAAAGCGUUCAAGUUAAAAUUGGAUCUAUUUAUUCUGCCGGUUGUUCUGCCUGUCGGCUUGCGUUUUGAAAUGUUUCACUUUGGAUUUGAACUUCAAGCCUCUGUAAGGAAGACGUGAUUCAUGUUUAAUGUGUUUCAGUUUCAAAUAAUUGUUUUUAAAAUUACCUUGGUCACUGCCUUGAUAUCGCAGGUUUAACAUUCUGUGUUGUUUGACGGAUCCUUUUCGGUCUUGAUUGCUUCCCUGUUUUGCUUGAUAAAAAGGGAAAUUCAUGGAUCACCUCAACAGCAAGUCAACAUUGUCUUAAGAAAGCCUCAAACACCGCAAUUUAAUGAAUUCUCUAUUUUUACUUCAAAGACUGAAGACAAAAUAAUUUAUUUAAUGGAAGGCUAAUGCCAAAUGGUUUAUGUUCUUGUAAAUAGUAUGAACAUGUAUAUGUAUAAAUUGGUGGUAAUUUACACAAGUAUGAUAUAAAACUUUAACCCUAACAGUCCUCAAUCCUUCACCUGUUGGAGGAUUGAGGACUGUUAGGGUUAAAGUGUAAUUUAUUGAUUGGAAAACCAUAUCAAACAUGAUUCAACAUUCAUUGCUGAAGACAUUCCACUAAUGACAUUACAGAGAAGCCGUAGGUCAUUGGCAGGAGCUUGUUCGUCUUGACACUUUUUAAAGACCAGAAUGCACCACAACUUGGUCAAUAGAGUAUGAAGUGGUACUUAAGUUUAUGGGGUUUAUUUGUUGCAAUUACCUGUAUGACUUGACACAUUUGCUUGCAAACGUGCCUGCGCAGCUGCAAGUUUUCAUUUUCCAUGACAGAGGAUGGUAUGCAAUAUCUUCUGUCAGAUUUCCACAUGCAGUGGCAGCAAACCAAGUUUUCACAUGUGACAACAGAUAACAUUGACCAUUCCGCUGUUGCAUUGGAAGCUUGUAGGCUUAGUAACCUAUGGCUUGUUUCAUUUCGACUGCGCUCACUAUUUCACUGUAACAAUUACCCAGAUAAAUCUCACUGCAAUCCAAAAUAUCAAUGCUAAUUUUUAGGGUUUUAUUCCUUUCAGCUGUGUUAUUUGUACCAUAGUUAUUUAUUUGCUUUUCAUGUCAACAGGUUUCAUUUUGUGGUCCAUAAAUAUGGACGUCUAGUGACAGCUGAUUUCUUUUGUUCGUACAUCUUUGAGCCGAUGUGAUCGACUUGUAAUUAACCUACAAGAAGGCACCAAAAAUCAAUACAACACGUGUACAUCUUGAAUACAAGUUGUUUGCAUUUCAGCACUUCACAUCGGGGAGGACCUCCACUAAAUGGAGGGGGGCAACAGGCUUUCCCACCCCACGCCGGUGGUUACAAGGGGUCCUCUAAACAGAGCUCAAAUUGUGUUUGCUGGAAACCAUUUUUGACAGUACUUAAAGUCACUUGGGAUGAAGUCGAACUGUGUUAUACAGUUCUGAGGUGAAUGUGUCAUGUGGACAAUUAUUUGUGUACAAGGCAUGAGUGCAAGAACCAGCACAUUAACCAACACUCGCACGUACUCCAUUUGUUUACUCUUUUUGGUUUAAUGAUGUCACGUUUCGGUAUUCUUUCCCACAAGUUGUCAUUCAACUUCAAGGAAGGGAAAUAAGCUACCUGUAUAAUGUCGCAGUUGAAUACACUGUCAUAGCAAGUAAUAAAACGGGUCAAGAGUUGAAGAGGUGGGAAAAAAAAUUAUUUCCUUUAAACAAUAUUCAGAGAUACAGAGAAGUACUGUAGUGUUAGCAUAAAUGUGAAGACCUGUAAAUUGACUGAAUUACAGGGGUUUGUGCAAGUGUAGGUAACACGUUAUUCUUCCAGAAUAAUUAUUUUAACACUCUGUGCAAUAUUCAAAGUACUAGUUAAUUUACUUUAGGGGACUUAGGGUAGAAAUGUGUAUAAACCUGUAUUUUUCUGUGCAAAUUAAAGUUGUGUUGGAUUCUUGAAAACAGA